AUCCUCCUCCUCUUCCUCCUCGAGCAUUUCUUUCUCCGUCUCCACCGCUCGGGCUGUCUUGGAGUCUUUAAGGUGAAAAAUGGAGGCGAUCAAUCAGAAACUAAACACAUACUUUGAAUCAUGGAUGGGUCCCAGAGAUAAGCGGGUGCAGGGAAUGCGCCUGCUCGACAAUUACCCACCAACCUUUGCACUCACAGUCAUGUACCUCCUGCUGGUGUGGCUGGGACCCAAGUACAUGAAACACAGACAGCCUUACUCCUGCAGAGGCCUCAUGGUGCUCUACAAUGUGGGCAUCACGCUUCUGUCCUUCUACAUGUGCUACGAGCUUGCUAGGACAGUGUGGCAUGGCGGCUACAACUUCUUCUGCCAGAACACGUACAGCGCACCCGAAGUGGAUAAAAAGGUCAUCAGUGUCCUGUGGUGGUACUACUUCUCCAAGCUUCUUGAGUUCAUGGACACCUUGUUCUUUAUCCUGCGAAAGAACACCCACCAGGUCACGUUUCUUCACGUCUACCACCACGCCAGCAUGCUGAAUAUCUGGUGGUUCGUGAUGAACUGGAUACCCUGCGGCCACUCAUACUUCGGUGCCUCUCUGAACAGCUUCAUCCACGUUGUCAUGUAUUCCUACUACGGCCUCUCAGCUGUUCCUGCCCUCCGGCCGUACCUCUGGUGGAAGAAGUACAUCACACAGUUACAACUGAUCCAGUUCUCCUUAACCAUAUGCCAUACGGCGUUCGCUGCUAUAUGGCCAUGUGGUUUCCCCAUAAGAUGGCUGUACUUCCAAAUCAGUUACAUGUUCUCCUUCAUCAUCCUUUUCUCAAACUUCUACAUUCAGACUUACAAAAAGCAGAGUGCCUCUCGAAGGAAGGAACACCAGCUUGGAUCUGCCGCGUCAACAAACGGCCACGCAAACGGGACGCCGUCGACGGAGUACGCUGCAGCCAAGAAGCUGCGGGUGGAUUGACAUCGGAGAAACAUGCGCUCACCGUAGCUCGCCAGCUAACGCUGCUAGGAGGUUUAUGUCUUCAUAUCUGGGAUAGAUUAGCACUUAAUUCAGAUGAAACAAGCCAUAGCUACAACCAGCAUGUCCAGAGACUUUUCAUGUUUUUUUAACACACAUAACUGCUGAUUAUGGAAUUAUUAAAUUAUUAUAAA